UCCAUAGCGCCGUUUAGUGUAAUUGUUGUCCUGUUGGAGCACAGAGGAGAAGGGAGGCAUCUCCACGUCUUGCCGCGACACUUCCUCUUUGUGAAGAGUCGAGGAGAAUUACUUCAAACCAGCGACCUGACCACAACCAAUAGAGGAGGAAGACGAGGCGGAAAUCUCGCAGGAGGAAACAGGAUUUCCAUCUGAACUAGGUUUUGAGGCUGCACAGCGCUCAAGUCCUUCUGCAUCAUGGGGGAACUCUUCAGAAGUGAGGAGAUGACGCUGGCUCAGCUCUUCCUCCAGUCAGAAGCUGCCUACUGUUGUGUUAGUGAACUGGGAGAGAUAGGGAUGGUGCAGUUUCGAGAUCUAAACCCUGAUGUGAAUGUGUUCCAACGAAAGUUUGUCAAUGAAGUGCGAAGGUGUGAAGAGAUGGAUCGCAAACUGAGAUUUGUUGAGAAAGAAAUAAAGAAGGCAAACAUGGAAGUAGUUGACACUGGAGAAAACCCUGAAGUCCCCUUCCCAAGGGAUAUGAUCGACUUGGAGGCCACAUUUGAGAAGCUCGAGAAUGAGCUGAAGGAAAUAAACACGAACCAAGAAGCCCUAAAGAAGAACUUCCUGGAGCUAACCGAGCUCAAGCACAUUCUGCGUCGCACGCAGCAAUUCUUUGAUGAGAUGGAGGAUCCCAGUUUACUGGAAGAAACAGCUUACCCCCUGGAUCCUAGUGAUGUCACCAGAGGAGCUCCUCUCAGACUGGGAUUUGUAGCUGGAGUCAUUGGCAGAGAACGUAUUCCCACAUUUGAGAGGAUGCUGUGGAGAGUUUGCAGAGGAAAUGUCUUCCUGAGGCAAGCAGACAUCGAAGAUCCUCUGGAGGACCCAACCACGGGUGACCAAGUCCACAAGUCUGUCUUCAUCAUCUUCUUCCAGGGAGAUCAGUUGAAGAACAGAGUUAAAAAGAUCUGUGAGGGGUUCAGAGCCACUUUGUACCCGUGCCCAGAAACGUCUCAAGAGAGGAAAGAGAUGCUUGCUGGAGUAAAUGCUCGCAUUGAAGACCUGCAAAUGGUGCUGAACCAGACAGAGGAUCACAGGCAGAGGGUCCUGCAAGCUGCAGCCAAGUCAGUGAGAGUGUGGUUCAUCAAAGUGAGGAAGAUGAAGGCCAUCUACCACACCCUCAACCUCUGCAACAUUGAUGUCACUCAGAAGUGUCUGAUAGCCGAGGUGUGGUGUCCCGUCUCUGACCUGGAUUCCAUUCAGUUUGCUCUGCGCAGGGGGACGGAGAAAAGCGGCUCCACUGUGCCCUCCAUUCUCAACAGGAUGCAAACUAAACAAACUCCACCCACCUAUAACAAGACAAACAAGUUCACCUCUGGCUUUCAAAACAUUGUUGAUGCUUACGGAAUCGGCAACUACCGGGAGAUAAACCCUGCGCCAUACACCAUCAUCACCUUCCCUUUCUUGUUUGCGGUCAUGUUUGGUGACGUGGGCCACGGGGUGCUCAUGACCUGUGCUGCCCUGUACCUUGUGUUGAGAGAGAACAGGCUAAUCGCCCAAAAGAACGAUAAUGAGAUGUUUAGCAUGGUGUUCGCGGGGCGCUACAUAAUCCUGCUGAUGGGAGUCUUCUCGGUCUACACGGGUAUCAUUUACAACGACUGCUUCUCCAAAUCGCUCAACGUGUUUGGCUCUGGCUGGAGUGUCAGGCCUAUGUUUGAUCAAAAAGUGGGAGGCAACUGGACGAUGGAUACACUUGAGGGCAACCGAAUUUUACAGCUGGACCCAGCGAUAGAUGGAGUUUUUCGAGGGCCGUACCCCAUUGGCAUCGAUCCGAUAUGGAACAUUGCAACCAACAAGCUGACAUUCCUGAACUCCUUCAAAAUGAAGAUGUCGGUUAUCCUUGGAGUCAUUCACAUGCUGUUUGGAGUCUCUCUUAGUCUCUUUAACCACAUUUACUUCCAGAAGCCGCUGAAUAUCUACAUGGGGUUUAUCCCAGAGAUUGUCUUCAUGGCCAGUUUGUUUGGUUACCUAGUCAUUCUGAUCUUCUACAAGUGGCUUGCAUUUGACGUGUUCACCUCCAGGGAAGCCCCCAGUCUCCUCAUUGCCUUUAUCAACAUGUUCCUCUUCAGCUACGGCGACACACCUCUUUACAGAGGACAGAUGGGUGUACAAACGUUCUUGAUGCUCCUCGCCUUGGCAUGCGUUCCCUGCAUGUUGAUAGUGAAAACGCUGAUACUGCGACGACAACACCUGUGGCGGAAAAAUUUGGGUAUGCAGAACUUUGGAGGCAUCCGGGUAGGCAACGGGCCCACGGAGGAUGAGGCUGAAAUUAUCCAGCACGAUCAGCUCGCACAAAAUUCUGAGGAAGAACCUGAGCGUUGCCUUUUGUCACCUGCUUUCAAGGCCCAAGAGGAGGAAGAGUUUAACUUUGGGGAUGUGGCAGUGAAUCAGGCAAUCCAUACCAUAGAAUACUGCCUGGGCUGCAUCUCAAACACGGCCUCCUAUCUGCGGCUGUGGGCCCUCAGUCUGGCUCAUGCACAGUUGUCGGAGGUGCUGUGGACCAUGGUGAUGCACAUUGGCCUCUCUACCGCCAGCAUUGGAGGAUUCGUCCUUCUGGCCAUAGUCUUUUACUUCUUCGCUAUUCUUACGGUUGCCAUUCUCCUCAUCAUGGAGGGUCUGUCUGCCUUCCUGCAUGCACUGCGACUGCACUGGGUGGAGUUCCAGAACAAGUUUUACACGGGCCAGGGCAUCAAGUUCCUCCCCUUCACCUUUGACAGCAUCUUGGACGGGAAGUUUGAAGAAUGAGCUCCGAGACCUUUUUCCCUCCUCUUCAAUUAAAGUUUUUCUUCCUUUCAGUAUCUUGUGUCUUGUUGAGGCGUGAUUAUUUUUUCCAUUAUCUUGGGUGUUACCGCAACUUCACAAGAGACCCGACGACUAUCUGUUCUUCUGCUGUUUGUUUGUCCACAUUCAGUCGCUAAAUCUGAGAAAUCUACUCACAAUGUACUAUUUAUUCAUUCCAGAGAAAAUAGCGUUAUCUGCAGCAUCUGUCAUUCAUGUCUUGUCACAGUUGUUUUACCUGUUUUAUUUAGUCUAAUGUUAUUUAUGCAAGAUUCUUGCAACAAGAAGUGCAAAUAAUUAAGUGGGAGUGUUGCAAUACAGAUCUUAGUUUCCUGAAUGAUCAAAUACUCAUUCACAGUAAACUGACCAUUUUUCUAUUGGCAUUAUUCUGCAGCAACAAUCAACAACUUGUGCAGAAAACACCAACACCUCUAUUUAAUUGCACACUGACUGUAGCGCUAUAAAAGGGAAUACAACUUACCUUAAAACAGGACGUCGGUCUGCGCCUUUUCCGUUGUGUUCUGCCGCUUAUCUGUUUUCUUUCAGUCUGCACAGAGAGAGAGUGACGGUGAAACUGUAGGUGAAUGUUCUGAAACGCAUGAUAAAAUGAUGCAGCCCAGUUUGUAUUGUAAACUUCUGUUCCCUAUUAUGAUAUUUCACUUGUACGUCAUGGUAAAAGAUGUUUUCCUCACACGUAGAAGGGAGUCAGAGCGGCAAAACGGCUCGGAUAUAAAUAAUCCUCCACCCUCAGUUUUUAAGCACCGGCAUUAAUUGUACAUCUCUCUGUCAAUAAAGUAGAAACCUGGUUUAA